CCGCCAGGCGGCGACAGUGCGCCGCUUUGCUCUGUAGUUACCAUAGCAACGAACAACAGCAACAGUUUUACUCAGCUUUACUCGCGAAGUUAAGAAGACAUUAGAAAUACUUUGAAUUCGCCGAGAGAAAAAAUAAAAUAAAAAAAAAAACAGUUGUUCUGGUUUCUAGACGGCAACACACUAGCUAGGGGUCGGUUAGAAGGCACAGGAAGACUUUCUUCUGCGAUGUCCACCUCCGACGGAAGGGAAGAUGUUUUACGGCAGGUCAGCCAGUUUUGGUCCAUGCUGGACGAUCUCUCUGAGAACGAACCGGCGGCAUAUCGCAAGUUCAUAGAGGAGCAGAUGAGGCGAGGAAAUGAAUUCAACGCACCGCCCGAGCUCCACUCGUGUCUGCGAACUCAGAUCCUGAAACCAAAGCCGGGCUCGCUUUACAUUAACAUUUGCAGCUGGAAGCGUGUGCCCGCACCUCAGGACGCGAGCAGCCCCCUGCCGUUGUGCGGAGGGAAAUUGGAAGCAUGCGACGCAGAGGACCAAGGUCGGUACGCCGUGUUGGAUGUGGCGCUCAAUCCUGCGGUGCUACAGAAGAGCGAGGAAGAGGGAGCAGACAUGGGGAAUAUCUAUACGCUGGCCCUGAGGUUUGCCCGGCAACAGCACGGGAUGCUGUUAUCUCAGGAGUACAGCAUCGUCAGCUGUAGCCCAAAAGGUAGCCCAGACGACUUACGAUGUCGGCUCGGCUUUCAGAAGCCGCCCAGCGCCUCCGAGCGACUGGAAAUAGCCAGUCAGACUCCAGCUUCCCUCCUACGACACAUCUCCUCUCCGCCACCGGAGACGCGAGAGGAGGACAGCGAGGGCCGAAUUAUCGGCAAACCCGCGGCGCACGUGAAGAUGGGUUUGAUCCAGGUCAUUUCCAGCACUUUCCAGGGGCCUCAGGAGCCGGAGUACCUGCUGGAGGUGAAGACCGAUGCAGCAGGAGCUCCUCGCAGCGUGGAGCUGACAGUGGAGCUGCCAAAAGUCCGUUUCAUGUCAGAGUGCCAGCUCAGAGUGUCUAAGGAGGACGUUCUUCUGCAAGUGGAGGAUGUUUACCGUUUGCUGCUGGAGUUUCCAAAAGCUGUGAACGAGGACACGGCCUCUGCCGUGUUCAACAAAAGGAAACGGAGACUUACGCUGACGGUAGACGUUCUACUGUGAUCAAUUAAUUUCCGCGAAGGAGGAGAGGGGCUGGCGGGGUCGCACGUGCCAGGAGUGAGCUCUCGGAACAAAAAACACCUUAUAAACAAACGGCGGUAUGAAACUCGGUGAGAAUCAAGAGCAUCAUGCUGUGUGAACAUAUGCUCAGCCUCAAAACAGUCUGCCUGUAAAUUGAGCUGUUUUUAGAAUAUUCUUGAGAGAGAGAAAAAAAAAAAAAGUGAAAUAGUUCCAGUGUGCUACAUAAGCUGAUGUGCAGGAGCAAAUUGAAUUUCUAACCCCCUCCAAUGCGAGUCAACGACUACAUGGGAAAUAACUGUCAGUAAAACGUUCCAUGCAAUAAUUUAUGUUUAUUGAAAACAUCGAAACUGAUGCAGAACAUCCAAAUUUUUUGGCAACGUGGAACUUUGUGUAAAAUGUUAGUAAACACUGUCACUUAGUGGUCUGCACCAGAAACAAUCAAUACAACCUUUAGCAGG